UUUUUAUAUUUUUACAUUAAAUAGACACAAGUGGCAAUGACGAUGGGACGGUAGGUGCUGUUUGUUGUGAAUAAUGCCAAAAACAUUUACAAAUUCCUGAGAAGUAAAUUGUGUGCCAUCGACCAAAACUAAAAAAUGGCGAAAACCGAAUGUAGAAAAUAUUGUCCUUAGUUCAUACACCGUCCAAGUGGUUGUUGCUGUACGGGUCGGCACUACAGUCCACACAGUGAAGGCAUCCACAACUAUCAGAAGUAUGGGACUGCUGAGCGAGAACACUACCUUGCAAGUCCUCAGCGCACUUCUUCUAUCAUUCUGGUUAUUUUACUUGUAUUUUGUCAAGGAUUAUGGCUACUGGGAGAGAAAAAGCAUAGUUCAUGUUCCUGCAGUGUUCCCUUUUGGCUCCUUGGUGAAACCUGUGAUGGGCAAGACCUACUGGGGGCUCGCUCUUAACGGAGUGUACAAGGAGUACUAUGAUCAACCGUACGUGGGGCUUACGUACAUAAGGAAACCGAUGAUACUGAUCAGAGAUCCUGAACUGAUCAGACUGAUCCUUGUGAGGGACUUUAAGCACUUCAUGAACCACUCGGUGAUCGACACACACCCGAAGGACUACAUGAUGUGGCACUUGUUCUCGAUGAAAGGUCAGAAGUGGAGAGACCUGAGACUUAAACUGACCCCUGCUUACACGGCGGCCAAGGUGAAGACUAUGUUCUUUCUGAUAAAGAGAAGCAGUGAUAUUUUACUGAAAGUAAUUGACAAACUGGUGGAGGUGAACAGUGCUGUGGACGUGAAAAAUGUCCUGUCACGUUACACGAUCGACGUGAUCGCAAACUGCGCAUUCGGACUGGAAACUGACUCGCUUCUGAACAAUGAGUCGAAAUUUUAUGAAGUGGGAGUGGAGUCUUUCAACGUCAAGUUUGGUCUUUUACUGAAGAUGUUCGUUUAUUCAGCAUUUCCUAUAUUUUCCAAAAUAUACUUCUGCGAUUUCCAGGAUGAAAAAAUUAAAAACUUCGUUACUGGUGUGAUUCGGUCGACUAUCGAAUAUAGAGAAAAACACAAUAUAUCAAGACUUGACUUUCUAGACCAGUUGAUCAAACUGAGGCAAACACAAAGGAUUUUGAAAGAAGAAACAAAAGAUGGACCGAACAAUUCUGGAUAUGAAGAAAAAGAAGGUUUGACAAUAGAAGAAAUUACAGCAGAAACGUAUCUAUUCUUCACAGCUGGGUAUGAGACGACAGCUAACACGAUAAUGUUCUGUCUGUACGAGUUGGCUUGUAACAGCAGGAUACAGGACAAACUAUCCUGGGAGGUGGAAGAGGUCCUGCACAGAUACGAGGGUGACAUAAACUACGAAGCUCUGCUAGAGAUGACUUACAUGGACCAGGUUAUCAGUGAGACACUACGACGAUACCCAGUUUUCUCACAGCUGAGCAGAGAGUGCACUCACGAGUACAAGUUUCCAAACUCAAGACUAGAAAUCGAUAAGGAUGUCGGUAUUGUGAUUCCAGUGUACUCUCUCCACCACGACCCCAAGUACUUCCCAGACCCCUACACCUUCGACCCUGACAGGUUCAGCCCUGAGAACUGCAGAACUCGACACCCCUACGUGUAUCUGCCUUUCGGCGAGGGACCUCGGAUGUGCAUUGGAAUGCGUUUUGGGAUAGUGAAGAUAAAGAUGGCCCUGGCCACUCUGAUCGUCAACUAUCAGAUCAGCCUUACCCCCGACACAGACGUUCCUCUACAGUUCAAGAGCAACUCCUUCACGACGCUCCCAUCUAAACCCCUGAUGCUUGUGUUCACAAGGCGGCACACCCAGGCUCUAUAACAGGACUCUAUCUUCUCGGGAUCUCCAGAAUUGUUGGAAUUAUUUUGUAAAAGUGGUCAAGUAAUAUAGUUUUUAAUAUUAUCUUGUAGCAAGUUGUAUUUAAUUAAAUUUUCAUUUUCCAUAGUGUU